AUGGUGCAGGACCGGCAGAAGGAAGAACGCGCGGUGAAGAUCAUCUGCAUCGCGGGGCCCACGUCGUCUGGCAAGACGACCUUUGCCAACAAGCUCUGCAUGUAUUUGCAGAAUUGCGGUUACGUCGCUAAGCCGCUGACUGUGGACCACUACUACUUGCCCCUGGACAGGCAGCCCAAGUACCAGCUGAGGCAGCAGCGCUCCGACGUUGACUACGACCACAUCGAGAGCAUGGAUGUGGAGCUCGUCGGGCAGCACCUCAACGCUCUGGCGAAGGGCGAGGCAGUGGAGACGCCGGUCUACGACAUGAAGACGGGGUACCGGGCGCCGAAGGGGCACCACAUCGACGCUCUCCCGGCGAACGGGAUCCUGGUGAUCGAGGGCAUUCACGCUCUCAACCCGCUGUACACGCAGGCGGUGGACCCCAACAAGGUGUUCAAGGUCUUCAUCUCGCCGCGCACGGCGCUGCAGCUCGACGACUGCAACUGCGUCAAGACGACGGACCACCGCCUCCUGCGGCGCAUGUGCCGGGACUACCUGUUCCGCGCGAACUCGGCCUCGGUGACUCUCAGGAUGUGGGACAACGUCCGCAAGGGCGAGGGCGUGUGGAUCUUUCCCCACCAGAACGGCGCCGACUUCGUCAUGAACUCGGCCGCCGAGUACGAGAUCCCCGUCCUGAAGGUCUUCCUCGAGCCGCUGCUGAGGGCAGUGACUCCGGAGGACCCCAAUUACGCCAAGGCGGCGGAGUUGGUGAAGUUGCUCGACCACUUCGGCCCCUCCGACUCCUUAUUUGUUCCUCUCACCCUCCUCCUCCUCCUCCUCCUCUUCUUCCUCCUCCUCCUCCUCCUUCAGCUCCUCCUCCUCCUCCUCCUCCUCCUCCUCCUCCUCCUCCUCCUCCUCCUCCUGCUCCCCAUUCCCCAUUCCCCGCCUCCUCGUCCCUCGAGCCCUCCGCCUCCUCGCCCUCCUCUUCUGCAUGACGAGGCCACAGCGGCACAGGCGUGCACGUCCGGUGGCCCGCGCGGCGGAGGUCCCUUGGGGCGGCGAGGGGCCUCCGCUCCACACAGCAGAGGAGGGGCCCCGCGCCGACCCGCACGCUCCGCGCGGACCUCCGACCGUGUGCACUUCGGCAGCUGUGUCCUUUCCUCCUCCUCCUCCUCCUCCUCCUCCUCCUCCUCCUCCUCCUCCUCCUCCUCCUCCUCCUCCCUCCUCCUCCCCUCCUCCUCCUCCUCCUCCUCCUCCCUCCUCCUCCUCCUCCUCCUCCUCCUCCUCCUCCUCCUCCUCCUCCUCCUCCUCCUCCUCCUCCUCCUCCUCCUCCUCGGUCCUGCUCCGCCUCGCCCCUCAACUCUCACCGCCCACCAGACCACCCCAGUCCAACCCGAAGGCCCCGAUUUGCCCUCCGCUUCCAGUGGGGGGGGGUCGGGGAACAUUGAUGAGAAAACACAUAUUAUGGAACCCGUACCCCCCCCCAACCCGAAAUUCGGUGGGGUCAUUUCGCUUGGGAGCUCCCGAGCGAAGCGAACCCCACCCUCCCCCUCAGAAAUCGUAGCGGGUAGGGGUAGGGUUCGCAGGUGGUCCCCUACUUCUUUCCUGCUCCGCCUCGCCCUUCAACUCCGCCGCCUCGCCCUCCUCGUGCUCCUCCAUCGACCACCAGCCGCACGACCAGUCCUGGUGUGCCGUCCGACCAGAAUCUCAAGGGAAAUCCAGCCCUCGGAGAGGAGAAGCCGGUGGAACAGGUACUGA